ACAGAAAGGUUGUAUCUCUCUAACUUAUAUACAUUGUAGUCGUAGUAUUUGUUAAGGUUCAUUUAUUGUGGUUGUCCAAAGGCUGACCAUUAGGGUAUAAAGUAAUAUCUCUUAAUACUUAAAUAUAAAUAGUAGCUAGUAAUUGUAUUUGGGAGAUCUUAAAUAAUUUGAAUGAAGCCAAAGCUGACCAGCGCCGCCAAAUGAAGCUUAAUUCUGCCCAGACUCAGAAAUAGGACUAUGCAUCUUUGAAGCCACGUAAGCCAAUUUGCAGAGCAAAGAUAUCUUCUGCUAAACGGGACUACAUAAUGACCGUAGCACCAGAUGGAGGAUGGGGUUGGUUCGUGCUCCUUGCGGCCCACUCUACCCUCAUCUUCCGAGAGGGUAUCGCCAAGUGCCUGGGCGUCUUUUUGCCUACUUUUAGAGAUGUGUUUGAGACCAGUACGUCGAUGAUAGGUUGGAUAAGUUCCCUAUGCGUCACAUUCGCCGAUUUUACAGGUCUUAUAAGUGGACCCCUCUGUCAGCGAUUUGGCUGCCGUCCAGUAGCAAUAAUUGGCGGCGUGUUUGCUGGCUCUGGGCUGGUAGUCGCAGCUUAUGGUGCUCGGACUAUGAUGCAUUUAUCCUGGUCGCUUAGUUUUGCAGGUGUCGGGUUAGGUCUUGCACUCACCCCCAGUUUAACCAUGAUUAGUCGGUACUUUGACAAGCGCUACAGCAUGGCGAAUGGACUCGCCUAUUCUGGAUCAGGGGUGGGCAUCUUGACACUUGCCCCUCUUUCCCAACUUUUGAUUGAUUGUUACGGGUGGAGGGGAGCCCUCUCCGUGAUCGGUGCUAUGACAUUCAACGUGGCUGUAUGUGGAGCGCUACUCAGACCGCUCCAUUUGUCAACAGGGAUGAAAGGACAGGGGCGUCGAUACCAGAGACUCCCCUCGAACAAUGACGAAACCAACAGUAUCGAUUCUAGUAACGACAUUGAUGAUGACGUCACACCAGGUGGAGGGGGCGUGUCUGGAGACUCUGAAUCAGGAGGAGGAUGCUGUAAAUUCAAGGGUGAGAUCCUUGCCCUGUCGCUGUUCAAAGAUCCAUCUUUUUUGCUACUCAUGGUUGUUCAGGUCUGUGGACGUUUCGCGUAUAUGGGCUGGCUUGUCUAUUUGAUUCCACACGCUAUUGAGAAAGGGAUUACGCCAAUGGGUGCUACGCUCCUGGCCUCCAUAGCUGGUGUCACCAACAUCUUUUCCCGGGCCUUGCAUGGUAUCCUAGUGGACAGGAAGAUCUUAACAGCCACCCACCUUCUAACCAUCGCGGCUGUAGUGGCUGCUGGGUCCCUAAUGGUGGACCCUUUACUGAAAACCUUUGCGACCCUUACCAUCGCAUCGUUGACUUAUGGACUGGCUAGUGGGGUAUACUUCCCUAUAUCCGUCGUAGUAGUCAAGAAUGCUGUUGGAGUUGAGAAAUUCGCCAAUGCGUUAGGAUGGUCGUAUGGUUUUGCUGGGAUUGGACGAAUGCUUGCUGGAUUUAUAACAGGUUGGCUAUUUGAUCAAUAUGGAAGCUAUGACGUUUCCUUCAUCGUGCUUGGGCUUGUUCAGAGUGUCGCUGUGUUUCUUAUGCUCAUCAUAUGCUGUGUGGAGUACCACCGAAAACGACGUCAACUAUAAACAGUAAUGGCGCAGUUUGUCCCCCUGUGUAUGUCAAUGUAGCCAUAACGAGGCUUGGAAGACAGGUCUUGACUCUUUGCAAGGACUAUGAGGAGCCCCAUUGGAGAGUAAGGUUUGAAUAUUGUCUGGUACAAUGACUUGUUUAGUCACAAAGUACCACUGCAUUUGAGUUCCUCAGACUGCAGUUUAUAUGUCAAUUGGUUCAGGGCAAGCUUUAACAUAGCAACCUCCAGAUAAGCAAACCUUGGUACCAGAGUGUAUGGGUGUUCACCGUCUCUUACAUUACUACGCAAAGGCUUGCCCGGAAUUAUUAUGUCAUAUCAACUGUCUCUAUAGUCCGAGAAAUUCAAAAUUAAUGUAACUUGUGAUCAAGCACGUCAAGAAAGGGCAUUCUCAUUUGAAUGCUCACAUAUAUUUAUUGGGGAUCGUAAGACAUUAUUUGAACUCAUGUGCUACCAAAGUGGUCCUGUGGUAUGUACUGCAAUUGGUUGCCUCCA